AGCCAAAUAAAGAGAGGCAGGCGGCGAGAGAACCGAUGAAGUGAGGCAUAUUCCAACAUCUCAUUUUAGGGAAGACCGUUCAUAAGAACUACAGUGAUUUCGCUUACUGUUAUAAGCAUUUUUUAUAUUGCACACGGGCUAGCUAGGUGCAAGCGGUGAUCUCGGGGUUUGUGAGUGUAUUGCUGUUGCGCAAUUUAGGAGAGCAGGAAGAUGGGUAAAGGAGGGAUGUCUCGUGGAGAUGCUGGAGAUGAAGAAGAGGAGAACAUGGCUGCUUGGCUUCUUGGCAUUAACGACCUCAAGAUCCAACCUUUCAAGCUCCCUCCUCUUGGUCCUUAUGAUGUUAAAAUUACUAUGAAAGCUGUUGGUAUCUGUGGAAGUGAUGUUCAUUACGUCAAGCAUUUGAGCUGUGCAGGUUUUGUAGUGAAAGAACCUAUGGUGAUUGGACAUGAGUGUGCUGGGAUCAUAGACGAGGUUGGAAGUGAGGUGAAGAAUCUGGUUCCUGGUGAUCGCGUGGCACUGGAACCACAGAUCACUUGCUGGCAAUGUGAUCGUUGCAAGGAAGGUCGGUACAAUCUGUGCCCCGACGUGAAAUUUUUUGCCACUCCACCAGUUCAUGGUUCUCUUGCUAAUCAGGUGGUGCAUCCUGCAAACCUGUGUUUCAAACUGCCAGACAAUAUGACCUUGGAGGAGGGAGCUCUGUGUGAGCCCUUAAGCGUUGGGGUUUAUGCCUGCCGCCGAGCCAAAGUUGGUCUAUAUACAAACGUUUUGAUCAUGGGAGCAGGACCUAUAGGACUUGUCACAAUGCUGGCAGCUCGUGCUUUCGGUGCACCUAGAAUCGUCAUAGUUGAUGUGGAUGAUCAACGAUUAUCUGUUGCUAAGAAUCUUGGUGCGGAUGAAAUUGUUAAAGUUUCAACAAGUGUGCAGGAUGUACCUGAAGAAGUGGAAAAGAUAACCAAAGCUAUGGGGGCACGAGUGGAUGUAACCUUUGAUUGUGCAGGCUUUAGCAAGACCAUGUCAACUGCUCUGGCUGCAACUGGUACUGGUGGUGUAGUCUGCCUCGUAGGGAUGGGUCACAAUGAGAUGACUAUUCCCCUGACUCCAGCGGCUGCAAGGGAGGUAGAUGUAAUUGGAGUCUUCCGUUAUCAGAACACAUGGCCACUGUGCCUGGAGUUGAUAAGCAGUGGAAAGAUCGACGUGAAGCCUCUGAUAACCCAUAGGUUUGGAUUCUCCCAGAAGGAGGUGGAAGAAGCCUUUGAGACCAGUGCUCGUGGUGGUACUGCUAUUAAGGUCAUGUUUAAUCUAUAAGUUCCUAGUUCAUCCUACCAUCAUAGCAAAGAAAACUGCUUGUGUGUAAGAUUUCAUCACUAUCGUAAUGAAGGAACGUGAAAGAAAAUAAAAUAAAAUAUAAGGUUGAAGCAUAGUUUUAAGAUGCAUGCUUGUUUUGUUUGUAAACCUUUAAUGAAUGUAUAAGAUGAUCUCCAACUUUUGCAUAUAUGAAGUAUUUGUAUUUUACUUGUCCUUGUUAAAAGAUUUGCAUUUUAGCAGUUCAAGCUUUUGUAAACUAGUUGGGUAUCUCAAAAGAAAGAAAGAAAGAGUUU